AUGUCGGCUUACACUGUGCCCUUUAUCUCCUCUGCUAUGGUGGCUGCUCUCGGCGUGGCAUGGUGGCUAUUGCAACGCUCAGAGCCCAACCUACCGCCACUAGCACCUGGUUGUCUUCCGGUUAUUGGUCAUUUACUUGCCCUUACAUCGAAAGAGCCUCUGCAGAAGCUGUUCCUGAAAUGGAGCCAAGAGGUUGGCCCCAUAUUUACGCUCAAGUUGGGGGUCAAACGCUGGAUUAUCAUCAACGAUAGCGCUACCGUCAAGGAUUUAAUCGUCAGCAGAGGCACCAUCUAUUCUUCGAGAGAUAUUUCUUCUGUCAUGACCGAUGGGAUUUUUGACGGUGAGACUGGAGGUGGCUUCGCGUUCUACGAGUACGGAAAGCACUGGAGAAAUCUUCGUCGGAUAGCUCAUUCUGGGUUGACCAAAAAGAAAAUCGACGACUAUCAAUCUACAUUUGAACAAGGUGCUCGCACACUAUCACAGACCCUGUGGAAAGAUUUGGCGGAGGAUCCUGACGUUGAAAUAUCGCUUUGCCGGUACUUGGAGGACUACGCUUUGCUCAGUGUAUUAAAAGUCGCGUAUGGUGAUGCCAUAUAUUUGAAACCUGGAGACAAAGAGCUUCAGCCAGUCUUUGAACUUACGGCUGCCGCUGCCACCUUUUUAGGACCGAAGGAACAGCUAUUAGAAUUCUUCCCAAUUUUGAAACGGAUCUUUUCUCAAGACGUUCCUCUGGUGAAAUAUAUUCACAGCAAACUACACUCCUUUUAUGGCCCGCUAUUCCAAAGCUUGGUGGAGAAAAUGAAGAAUGAUCCAGAAAACGUCAGCGAUUGCUUUUUCAAAGAAGUCGCAGAUCAAUUGACUUUGACCCAGGGAAUUGGGUUUUCAGCCGUAUUCGUUGGCGCUGGAUCAGACACAACAGCUUCAACUUUACAGUGGAUCUUUGCUGUUCUAACCAAUAAUCCUGAUAUACAACAAAAGAUUUUUGAAGAAAUUGAUGCCGUGGUUGGUAGGGAUAGGCUUCCAACAGCUGACGACGAAACCAAUCUACCUUACCUACAGUGUGUUAUAUUGGAGACCCUCAGAUUAUUUGCACCAGUUCCAUUGGGAGUCCCUCAUGCUACCAGCUCAGAAGACACAUACAACAACUUUGUCAUUCCGAAAAUGGCCACUGUGAUCAUCAAUGUUCAUGCUAUUCACAGGGACCCAAAACGGUAUGAGGAACCGGAAAAGUUCGAUCCGACUCGUCAUAUGGAGUACGUAAAGGGUAAAUCCGCACAACGGUUUUCGCAAAACGUAGACGAUCGCCCGCACUUGGCUUUUUCGACUGGUCGUAGAGCCUGUGUUGGCAUCCACUUGGCUGAACGAAGUAUCUUUAUGGCCGCUGCUGUGCUGGUUGCUUGUUAUCGAUUCGAGGGUUCUCCAGAUGUAUCGCGUAGCAAAGCGAAUCUUGCCACCACAUUCGCCCCUGUUCCUUAUGAGGUUCGCUUGAUUCCACGCCAUGACGCUGUUCACCAAUUGAUACAAGACCUGUAA